AUGGCGGGGCCCCCGGACAAAAGAAUGCCCCUCUCCCGAUGCUUACCGGCAUCAAAUGCUAGAGCAGUUGCUGUUGCAGCCAGCCCAGGAGGAGCCAUAUGCGGAGCCGCAGGCAGUGGCAGCAACACCGGUGGCACCAGCGUCUGUAGAAAAGGUGGUUACAGAGCAGCAGGAUCUGCAGCAAACGCCACAAGAGCAAGGACACGAUCUGCAGAAGCACAAUGCGCUUCUUCAAGUGUCCCCAGAGGCGCCCUCAGAGCAGCAACAGCAAACGCAACAACUGGCACCAAUGCAGCACGAGCUGCCGCCGGCGCAGCAGGAUCUAAGACUGGAGCCAAGCUGGUAGUCCAGCAACAGCCACUGCAGCAACUGAAGUCUCCAGAGACUUACUCUGGAAGCACAUCGGAAGCGUUGUCUUCCUACCUCGAGGGAGCCCCUCUGCAGCACGCACCCUUGCAUGCCCCCCUUGGCGAAAGUACUACCGCGAAUGUGGAUACAUCAUACACAGCGCCACAAAACCCUUCAAACCUAGUAUUAAAGCCCCUUGAAAGCGUGCAGAGUGUUGCAAAGCAAUUGGGCACUUUGGUAGGUAUCCAAGACAGCUAUCCAGGAUCCGGUGGAGAUCAGAUGAAGAGCACGGAGUCUGCUUCGCCCCUCGGGCUGUUCGGACUUGCAACGCAGACGCCCGCCAUGAUUAGCAAUGCAAUGAAUCUUGCAACAGCAACGGGAAACAUUGCAGAUGUGGGAAAUAAUAUUAUGAAUUCGCUGCCGAUGGAUCAGAUCGUGGCGGCAGCAAGAUACGCCCAGGAAGGAGCCAUCAAAUCUCAAUCUAUUGACAUUGAAAAUCCCAAAAUGCAGCCAGGUGUCCGUUGCGCCAGCGAGGGAAUGACCUGCUGCGUACCCGAAGGGGCGGCCCCUCGAGACUGGAAGCAGAAACCACCGGUUCUAAACGACUCUCCAGAAAGCCAAAGGCAUUGCAAGGCUCACUUUGUCCCCAUGCAAAAUGCCCUCUGUGCUACAACCACCUAUGAAGGCAAAGACAACUGCGGAUUGAGCAAGACGGAGACGCAGGAGUACCAGGUGUACAGACAUACAAUGACUAUGCGAAAUAAAGGGCAGAAGGCGAUCUGUGAAUGCCGCCGUCACAAGCCCUCAGCAGCUGCAGCCAAAGCAGCAGGCGAUGGAGAGGCAGCAGCGGGGGUAACAGCCCCCAUUGAGGGGUUCGCCACUUGGGAACACAUAAAGAAACAGAAAAAGCAAAAGAAGGAAAUGGAGGACAACAGCGCUAUGCUCGCACAAGGUCUCGGAGCCACUCUGAAGGUGGCUCAGCUCCUUAGGGAGAGGGCACCCGAAGCGCAGGUGCUACUGCAACAACUGCAGGGGGGGCAGCCAGCAGCAGCAGCAGCAACGGCUGCAGCAGGGGCCGCACAGCGUGCCGCUACCCAACAUGUAGUCCUUCCUACACCACAAGCCUUUCCCACGUCACUGCCCCCAUAUGGCGCUGCUUCGCUACCUGCCUCCGCAGCUGGUUUCUCGCCAAUGCUGAUGCCUCUAGCGGCACAGGGGUCUCCUGCAGCGCUAGAAUCAAGUUUUCCUAUGCAGCUCAGUACUGGUGACAUGGUAGCACCUACUGCCGUACACGGAGCUUCCACAACCCAAGACAUUGUGCUUGGCGCAUCUGCUGCGGAAAUGCCACCUGAGGUCCCUCUGAAGGAGCUGCAGCAAAAUCAGGACCUUGCGCAGCAGCAGCUCCUGCAGCAGCAACUGGUCAGUCAACAGUUGCUCCAGCAGCAACUACAACAGCAGCAAAUGCUGCAGCACCAGCAAAUGCAGCAGCAAGCGUUGCAGCAUCAGCUGCUUACAACCGACCACCUGCAGUACCCGCCGCAGUAUCACCUGUCUGUUGAGCAGCAGCUCGCUCUGCAGCAACAGCUGGCGGCGCUUCAGCAGCAGCAGCAGCAGAACGUAGCGUUACAGCAGUAUGGCUCACUGCAACAGCAAGUCAUGCAACAGACUCCGCAGCAGCAGGAAGCCGUUCCUCAGCAGCAGCAGAUACUGCCGCUCCUGGGUAACAUUGGCAACAUUACGCCAGCACAAGCCACCGAAGUGGCCACCCGGGCUGCUGCGGCAGUGGGGGCCUUCGUACAAGGCAACAACACUAACGGCAGCAGCACCAGCAACAACAGUGCCACUCCCACCAGCAGCAGCAACAAAAGGGGGACCGACUGGGUCGACAGACUAGCAGACUCGCUGUUGCAGCAAGGCAACAGCACGCCUGCUGGUGCUGCAGUCAACAAGAUGCUAGACGACUUUUUUGCCGUAGCUGGAAGGUCCUAA